AUGGACCCAAGCAACGAGGAACUUCGCGCACGCCCCCGCGAGAAAGGUACUGUCCUCUACGAUCACGAGUUGAAGAACGCUCCGGGGAAAUCGAUCAUCGCCCUCGAGGUCGCCUUCCCUCCCGGCGGCUGGACGCCCCCCCAUAGACACGCUGGUGCUACAGUUGUGGCGACUGUUCUGGAGGGCCAGAUCCUGAGCGGCAUGAACGGAAACCCGCCGAAGGUCUACGAGGUUGGAGAGAGCUUUGUGGAGCACCCCGGAUGCCACCAUACUGUCAGUGACAACUACAGCAAGGAAAAGCCGGGUAGGUUAAUGGCUGUAUUUCUGGUCGAUACAGAGAUCGUUGCGAAGGGAGGAUAUGGGGCUCUCAUCGAGCUUGACGAGGGGUGGUGA